GGCCUUUGUCCUACAGUCCGGCGGGAGCAAGUGACUUUUGAGGACGUGGUCGUGGAGUUCACCUGGGAGGAGUGGGGGCAGCUGGAGCCAUCCCAGAGGACCCUGUACCGAGAUGUGAUGCUGGAGACCUUUGGGCUCCUUGCCUCUGUGGGACACUGGCUCCCAAAGCCGGACGUCAUCUCCCUGCUGGAGCACGAGGCGGAGCUGUGGGUGGUGGACAAGGGAGCCCCCCGAGGUGUGUGCACAGAACUGGGAUUAAGGGACAUUUCCAUUUUUCUGUUUCUUUUAGACUUUGAAACUAGACAAACCAAACUAUCAACUGUGAAGCAAGACAUAACUGAAGAAAUACCCAAUAAUGCCCUGGUAGAAAGGUUCCUGUGGGAAAGUCUGUGGAACUCCAAGGGUGAACAUGCUGAGGGCCACUGGGAACAGGGUCGUAAGAGGCCAGAUAGCCAUGUGGUGCAGGCUGCCUUCAUGCCUGUGAAGACACCCACUCAGGAGCAGCAACAGGGGAAUGGGUUUGGGGAAAACUUGAGUCUGAGGCCUGAUCUCCCAACUCAACCAAUGACUCCUAAAAGGCAAGGCCCCCCCGUGUGGGGAACACAUGGAAAGAGGGAGAAUCCGGACUCAGAUGCUCAACAGAAAACCUGUGCAAAAGAAAAACCCUACAGAUGUCAGGAAUGUGGAAAGGCCUUUAGUCACAGCUCAGCACUCAUCGAACACCACCGAACACACACGGGAGAGAGACCUUACGAAUGUCACGAAUGUGGAAAAGGCUUCCGAAACAGCUCAGCGCUUACCAAACACCAGAGAAUCCACACUGGUGAGAAGCCUUAUAAGUGCACUCAGUGCGGGAGGACCUUCAACCAAAUUGCCCCACUGAUCCAGCACCAGAGAACUCAUACAGGUGAGAAGCCCUACGAGUGCAGUGAAUGUGGGAAAUCCUUUAGUUUUAGGUCCUCCUUCAGCCAACACGAACGGACGCACACAGGUGAGAAGCCCUACACGUGCAGUCAGUGCGGGAAGGCCUUCCGGCAGAGCAUCCACCUCACCCAGCACCUGCGAAUCCACACCGGGGAGAAGCCCUACCAGUGUGGAGAAUGCGGCAAGGCCUUCAGCCACAGCUCGUCCCUGACCAAACACCAGCGGAUCCACACGGGGGAGAAGCCCUAUGAGUGCCAGGCAUGUGGAAAAGCCUUCACCCAGAUCACACCACUGAUUCAGCAUCAGAGGACACACACAGGCGAGCGGCCCUACGAGUGCAGCGAGUGCGGGAAGGCCUUCAGCCAGAGCACGCUCCUGACCGAGCAUCGGAGGAUCCACACAGGAGAGAAGCCCUACGGGUGCAACGAGUGUGGGAAAACCUUCAGUCACAGCUCGUCACUUAGCCAGCACGAGCGGACACACACGGGUGAGAAGCCCUACUCAUGCAGUCAGUGCGGGAAGGCCUUCCGGCAGAGCACACACCUCACUCAGCACCAGAGAAUCCACACCGGGGAGAAGCCCUAUGAGUGUAGCGAGUGUGGGAAGGCCUUUAGCCACAGCUCGUCCCUGACCAAACACCAGCGGAUUCACACCGGGGAGAAGCCCUACGAGUGUAACGAGUGUGGCAGAGCCUUCAGCCAGCUUGCUCCACUCAUUCAACACCAGAGGAUCCACACGGGAGAGAAGCCCUACGAGUGUAACGAGUGUGGCAGGGCCUUCAGCCAGAGCUCCCUCCUCAUAGAACACCAGAGGAUUCACACCAAGGAGAAACCCUAUGGGUGCAACGAAUGUGGAAAAUCCUUCAGCCACAGCUCAUCGCUCAGCCAGCACGAGAGGACACACACUGGGGAAAAGCCCUACGAGUGCCAGGAUUGUGGAAAAUCCUUCAGGCAGAGCACCCACCUCACUCAGCACCGGAGGAUCCACACAGGAGAGAAGCCGUAUGAGUGCAGGGACUGUGGGAAAGCCUUCACACACAGCUCCUCCCUUACCAAGCACCAGAGAACUCAUGCUGGAUAGACCCACUCCACAUGUUCUGGGACCCAGCAAAGCCUUAAGCUGUAGCACAUUGCUUACUAGAUUUGACCCAGUCAUACUCCUGAGAAACAACACAAACAUUAUACACAAGCCUUCAUGCUCAGCAAACUCCUUACACCCCCACAGAGAGUUCAUAUUUAUGGAAAUGA